AUGGCUGAAGGUAAUAUUGGUGGCCCUAAUGAUGGUGAAGUUGAAGUGGAAUUUCCAGAAGACGUUGUUCGCUCUACAGGUGACCAUAUUCAUUCAACUGUAUCCACCAUUUAUCUAUCAUUUGAAAACCAUCUUGAUGAUCCAUCAUAUUUUCAAGAUAAAGCUAUUUUGGUACCUACAAAUGAAGAAUUUGAUGCUACCAAUGACUACAUUUUAGGAUUGAUGAAAGAUGAAGGGAAAACAUAUAUGAGUUCAAACUCUUUAUGUGAGAUAGAGUUACCAGAUUUUUUUGAGGAAUCAAUCUACUCUUCAGUUGUGUUGAAUGAUUUUAAGGCGUCUAGAAUUUCUAACCAUAAACUUACACUAAAAAUAGGUGUUCCAGUCAUGUUACUUCGUAAUAUCGAACAAACCAAAGGACUAUGCAAUGAUACUAGGUUACAUAUUGUUAGGAUUGGAAGACACGUCAUUGAAGCCUGA